AUGGAAACCCUCUUGGCAAAUCAAGCAGAGCUUGUUGGGGUAUUUAAUCAAUUUAUAUCAAAUUUCAAGAAAACAGGAGCUGAGAGGAAGACUGUUGACUAUUUCAAAAAGAAGUUAAAUCAGUUAGAGCAAUACUGGAGCGAAUUCCAGAAUAAUCACUUUCAGUUAUGUCAGUAUGAUAGGGAUCACUCUUAUUUUACUACUUCGCAAUUUGACAAAACAAAGCAAGUUUAUGAGAAUAUCAAAGCAACCAUAAAAAAUCAAUACGAAGCACUUUUAUCGCGUCCGAUAAGUCCAAACCCAGCUGCUCGUGAGCAGCAGGUGGAGCAGGCGCCCGCCGCCGCCCUGGCCGGCGCUCAGCAGCCGGACAAACGUAGUCCUGGCGUCCGGGACUAUGCAUCAUCUAGCAGGUCAGAGGACAUGCUUCGCAAGCAAGCAGCCAAUUUCAAGGCAUUUUUGAGAACCGUCGGAAACAUCGACUUAGAGGAGAUUACGGAGAAAUGGGAAUUAGAGAGCACUAUUAAAACCUUGCAAAUGAGAUGGAUGGCAAUUGACUCUCUUCAUUGGGAGAUUGAAUCAGAGCUGAAUGGAGAAAAUGAGGCCUAUGAUAAUACAUUUAGUAAGCACGAAGCUACGUUCAAUCAGUUAAACAAGCAAAUAAACAAGAAAUUAUGGUCUGUUUCGCAUAGAGAAUACGCUACUCCGAGAAUGGAUGUUCCCGAGUUUCAUGGCAGCUACAGCGAGUGGGUGUCAUUUAAAGAUCUGUUUACGGAAGCUAUCCACAAUAAUUCAUCUAUAUCAAGUGCGCAGAAAAUGCAAUUUUUGAAGAACAAGGUGAAAGGAGAAGCUGAACGAUUAAUACAACAUCUACCUAUCAGUUCGGAUAAUUAUGCUGUUUGUUGGGACAUUCUCAACCAUCGGUUUAACAACAAAAACGCCAUAUUUAAUUCGCACAUCAGCACCCUCCUAAGCUUUCAAACUAUGCAGCAGCAGUCGCUGGGGCAAAUUAAGAAGCUUCAUGACUUAUCAAAUGAAUGUCUUAAUGCGAUCAAGAAUCUCGGACUGGAUAUCUCGUCUUGGGAUCCACUGUUGGUCUACCUGUUAUCAAACAAAUUAGAUAAUCAAUCAUACAAUGACUACAUUGAAUCAAGAAACAAUUCCCGAGAGCUUCCCGUGUUGGAGGACUUUUUAAAAUUUUUAGAAAUAAAAUUUAACAUUCUCGAAUCAUCGCAGAGGAAAGAGGGCAUCAAAAAGUCACAAGCGACGCAACCGCAAAUUUCAUCAAGCAAAUCUCAACCUAAAUAUCAAGAAGGUAAAGCAAAGUCAAUGACAUCAAAUGCAAUUCAAACUGAACAAAAUAAUGAAAACACGUCAUCAUUGAAGAGCAAUUUAUCAAUCAAGGAAAAUAAUGAAAUCCUUUUAGCAACAGCCUUGGUUAAGGUUAAGUCAGUAGAUGGAUCAGAUCAUACCUUGAGGGCUCUGGUGGAUCAGGGCUCCCAAAUAUCACUUAUAACUGAAAGAGCAGCUCAGCAACUGGGCAUAAAGAGGCAGAAAUGUCAAGGAAUUAUUGUCGGUGUGGGAGAUAAACAUAAUAGUUCUAAGGGUACCAUCGGCAUCAAAUGUACGUCCUUGAACAGUGAGUUUUCCUUCACUACCGGUGUAUAUAUCAUGAAUCAUCUAAUCAAUCAUUUACCAAGCAAGUCGUUCCCGAAGCCAUCAUGGUCGCAUAUCAAUCACAUAAAAUUAGCAGACCCUGAAUUUUAUCAAAGUCGAGAGGUGGACUUACUGCUGGGAGCAGACAUAUAUUCGAUGAUAAUGUUGGAUGGAAUAAUUAAGGGUGAGGUCCAGUCGCAGCCCAUAGCACAACAAACACACCUGGGUUGGAUCUUAUUUGGGACUGUUAGUAAGUUUCAUUGCAACGUCGUAAUUAACAACCUUGACGACAUCAAGCGGUUCUGGGAGAUGGAAGACAUCACCGAACAGAGCACAUUAUCAAAAGAUGAUCAAUUCUGCGUUGAAUUAUAUCAGAAAACAACGACAAGGCAGUCGGAUGGCCGUUACGUAGUGAAGUUACCACUAGUACCAGAAUUUGAAGAAAAACUUGGUACAUCUAAGCCGCAAGCAAUAGCGCAGUUCAGGAACCUGGAAAAGAAGUUUUAUCAUAAUGAAAAAAUAGCAACAGCCUACAAGGAAUUUAUCAACGAAUACCGCUUCCUAGGUCACAUGGAACCCGCUAGUUCAAGCAGCUCCGCCCCGCAGUGCUAUCUACCGCACCAUUGUAUAUUGCGCGAUGAGUCAGCGACUUCGGCUCUCCGUGUGGUAUUUAAUGCCAGCUGCCGUACUAGUACCGGCUUCAGCUUGAACGACCUUAUGCACAGGGGACCGAAUCUACAGCAGGACCUGCAAUCAUUAAUAAUCAAAUGGCGACAGUAUCAAUAUGCUUACACAGCAGACAUCGAGAAGAUGUAUCGGCAGAUUCUCGUACAUCCAGAAGAAAGGCAACUGCAGAAGAUCAUUUGGAGAGAUUCUAAUCAACAGCCAUUACAAGAAUAUCAGUUAUCAACCCUUACUUAUGGGAUGAAACCGGCUGGCUAUUUAGCCAUGAUGACGCUCAGACAGCUUGGAAAAGAAGUCAAUCAGAGUGAAAGCGAAGUAGCAAGAGUUCUCGAAGAGAGCUUUUAUAUGGACGAUUUGGUCCACGGGAGCCACUCAAUCGAAUCAGCAUUAGAGCUGCAGGAACAGCUUAUCAAAUUGUUAAAAUCAGCCGGCUUUAACCUCAGAAAAUGGGCUUCUAACGAAAAGCAAAUAUUAGAACAAGUCCAAGGUGAAGCGACUCAAUUUUCAUUUGAUUUUAAACAGGCUGAAACAACAAAAAUGCUCGGCCUGAGGUGGAAACCUGAGUCAGACAUAUUUGUGUUCCAACUGAAAAUUGAAGAAUUAUCAAAGUUAACGAAAAGGGCCUUAUUAUCAGACAUUUCAAAGUUAUUUGACCCGCUGGGAUGGCUGUCACCGUUAACUACUAAAUUAAAAUUACUCUUCCAAAAGGUGUGGCUGACAUCUUUAGACUGGGAUGACAAACUACCAGAAAACCUUAUCAAGGAAUGGUUAUCAUUCAGAAACGAUCUGCAAAGUAUCAAUCAAAUCAAAGUGCCUAGAUGGCUAAAUACGAAAAAUCAAGACAAUGUCGAGUUACACGGUUUCUGCGACUCGUCUAUAAAGGCAUAUGCAUGUGUUGUAUAUUGCCGCGUCAGCAAGGACGGUGAAUCAACCGUAACACUCAUAGCAGGAAAAGCAAGACUGGUGCCCGUGAAUAAGAACAUAUCGCUGCCCAGACUGGAACUCAACGGCGCAGUGUUACUGACAAAGCUAAUGAGUAAAAUACGUUCUUGUCUAUCAAAUCAUCUUAUCAAAACAAUAGGUUGGACGGACUCAACAGCCGUGCUUGGAUGGAUUCAAGGGGACAUUGGCAGGUGGACGCCUUAUGUUGCGAAUAGAGUGCAACAAAUAAGAGAAAUCAUGCCCCCCGAAAACUGGAAUUACGUAAAAUCCAGUGAAAAUUCAGCAGAUUGCGCCAGUCGCGGCCAAUCAGCCUCACAGCUUAGUGAGAACAGGUUGUGGUGGGACGGGCCAGAAUGGCUAAAAUCAUAUAAAUCAGAUGAACCGUCACAACAAACGGUAUUUAUCACAGAUUUAGAAACGAGACAGUGUAAACAAACAAACGUCAUUACCACCGACGAUAACAUAAUAGGCACUCUGUUAAGCAAGCACAGCAAAUUGGUGCGAGUAAUACGAGUCAUAGCUUGGCUGCUCCGUUUCACAAAGACAAAAUCAGUCAAAAAAGAACCUUAUAUCACUUUAUCAGAAAUAAAACAAGCAAAAAUCAUCAUCAUCAAGUAUGUACAGGAAGAAGAAUUUUCGGAAGAGAUCACCAGACUAAGAAAAGGACAAAAAAUCAGUGCCGAUAGCAAACUAUUACAGUUAACGCCAUUCUUAGAUAAAGAUGGACUGUUAAGAGUAGGAGGCAGGUUAAAGCAUGCAAAUAUCACUGAAGACCAGAAGCAUCCCACCAUCAUACCUCAUAAUGGUAAACUGACCGAGCUGUUAAUCGACAAUGCGCAUACCUUGUCACUUCACGGAGGGCCCCGUUUAACCUUGGCUACGCUUAGGAGACAUUAUUGGAUAAUCGGUGGCAACAGAGCCGUCAAAAAGUGUUUAAGAAGGUGCGUAAUCUGUAGAAGAAACACGCCGAGCAAACAGGUUCAAAUAAUGGGAGAACUUCCUGAAGAACGGAUCACACCAUCAAGACCAUUUGAGCAUACGGGAGUAGACUUUACUGGAUUCAUUGAUGUUAAAUCAAACAAAGGUCGUGGGAUCAAAUCAAGCAAAGGUUAUGUGGCCGUCUUUAUAUGCAUGGUGACUAAGGCGGUCCACCUUGAACUCGUGUCGGACCUAUCAACAUCCUCCAUGAUAGCAGCAAUGCGUCGUCUAGCUGCCAAAAGAGGUACCCCCUCCCACAUCUACAGCGAUAAUGGGACAAAUUUUGUAGGGAGCAGCAGGGUAAUCAAGCAGGAGCUAUCAGAACUGAAAGAAGUAUUCAAUGAGGAAUUCUUCGACGAAAUCAAUCAGAUGGAAAUAGAAUGGCAUUUCAUCGCCCCAUCGUGGCCGAACGCCGGAGGCCUCUGGGAAUCAGCCGUGAAGAGCUUCAAGUAUCACUUCAAGCGUUUCAUCGGAAAUCAGAAGUUAACAUACGAGGAGCUAUCAACACUGCUAGCACAAAUAGAAGCAUGCCUCAAUUCAAGACCGUUGUGUCAAUUAUCAGAAGAUCCCGAUGAUAUCAAUUUCCUGACGCCAGCACACUUCUUAUCAGGAGGUCCAAAUCUUACGCUUGUCGAAACAGAGAGAGAUGAGCGUACGCGAUGGUGCUUAUCACAGAAGCUAUUCCAAGAUAUCUGGAAGCGGUGGAGAGACGAGUACUUAGUACAAUUAUCAAGCAGAAGCAAGUGGAGGCAAUCAAAAGAGAAUGUCAGAAAAGAUGACGUUGUAAUCAUCAGUGAUGCGAACUUACCACCUGGCAAGUGGGCAAUGGGAAAAGUUGUAGAAGUACAUCCGGGUAGCGACGGAUACGUCCGAGUCGUGACGUUAAAAACCAAGAACGGAUUCUUAAAAAGACCCCAAGAGGAAAACGAAUAA